UGUACCUAUGAUGAAAAUGACCUGUGAUCUUUCUACAGAUGAGAAGUUACACAAUCAGUGGCUGACUAAAUACUUUUAUGCCCCACUGUAGCAGGACAUUUUUAAGGCCCUUCAUGCUUCCUUCUGCUGAUCAGCUUUUAGGAGAUAUUGAUUUAAUUUUCCAGUAGAACUUGGCAUCUGCACGCAACGACAAAGCUGCAGCCAUGAGGAACCUGUUGACCAAAGCGGGCCUGUUUGGCUCCAUGUCGGUGGCCUUCGGCUCGAUGUGGUGGUCCCAACAGAAGACCGAAUCAGACCCGAUCACUCCGAAUCCAGCUUCAAACUCGGCGGACGCCAGCUCCGCUUCUCUGUACGAACUCAAGCUGGUCCAGGUCUUGUUCCGCCACGGCGCCCGGACGCCGCUCAAGUCCAUACCCGACGUGAUAGAGGCCCAGUGGGUCCCGACGCUUCUGGAGGCUCCACCGCACACGCACAUCGACUACGUGGUGACGGAUCUGGAGGGUGGACCGCGGCCUCCGGCUCCUGUGGAGGACAGCUAUCGGACAAAAAUCCUGAGUGGUGGCACCUUCCCUGGUCAGCUGACCACGGUGGGCAUGCAGCAGCUGUAUGAGCUGGGCGAGAGGUUGAGAAAGAGAUAUGUAGAGGAGACGCCUUUCCUCAGCCCCACCUUUGUCCCUACAGAGGUCUACGUGCGUUCCACUAAUAUUGUGAGGACUAUUGAGUCUGCCAGGUGCCUGAUAGCUGGACUUUUCCAGCAAAAACAGAAAGACGUCGUGUCCAUCCUAACAACAGAGGCCGAAUCUGAAAUCCUCUACCCUAACUAUCACGGAUGCCAGCUGCUCAAACUCCUCGUCGGCCCCCGCUGGGCCGAGUUGUCCACUCUGCCUGGCGUCGCGGCAGACCUGCAGAGCAUCCUGAGUGCACUGGGGAUUGCUGCUCACCAGCACGUCGACUUCAUCCUCAUUAGGGAUGACAUGGUUGCCAGAGAGACGCACGGCCUUCCCGUCCCGCCAGCUCUGAGCUCCUGGAGGGAUACGGUGGAGGAGAGAGCUGUUGACAUGAUAUGUCACCUCUACGAACCCGGAAAGAGGGAGGCGCUGCAGCUGUCGGUGGGGGCCCUUCUGCACAUGCUGUUAGACAACAUGGAGAAGAAACUAGAGGACAGCUCAGCGGAGGCGAACAGCAGGAAGUUGUUCCUGUACUCGGCUCACGACACCACUCUGAUUCCCUGCCUCAUGGCUCUGGAGAUCUUCGACAUGAAAUGGCCACCGUACGCUGCUGAUGUCACUCUGGAGCUGCACCAAAACCGGCGGACGGGCGACGCCUUUGUCAAGGUGUCAUACGCGGGUCAGGAUCAACUCAUACCGGGUUGCAGUGGAGUCUACUGCCCCCUGCAGGAGUUCAAACAGGUCCUCUCUGCUCACUCGCUAAACCCCGACGUCUACCGCUCUCGCUGCAACAGCACGGGGAGGACUGACUGAACCCUGAACUUUCAAGAAACACAAAACCAGUCUUGACAUUACACUGAGCCCAACCCUGGCUCACUCCAUCCAGUCACCAUAAACUCUUUACACAUCCGUUAAA